AUGCCCCAGCUCGGCCAGGACAGCCGUGCGGAAGAACCUGAAGCACCGCGGUGGGGGGAGGCGGUCAGCAAGCCGCCCCUGGACCCGGUACGCCUUGUGCUGCCCGUGCCUGUUGCCGCCCGUGCCUGUGCUGCCCGUGCCUGUGCUGCCCAUGCCUGUUGCUGCCCGUGCCUGUGCUGCCCGUGCCUGUUGCUGCCCGUGCCUGUGCUGCCCGUGCCUGUGCUGCCCGUGCCUGUGCUGCCUGUGCCUGUUGCUGCCCGUGCCUGUGCUGCCCGUGCCUGUGCUGCCCGUGCCUGUUGCUGCCCGUGCCUGUGCUGCCCGUGCCUGUUGCUGCCCGUGCCUGUGCUGCCCGUGCCUGUGCUGCCCGUGCCUGUGCUGCCUGUGCCUGUUGCUGCCCGUGCCUGUGCUGCCCGUGCCUGUGCUGCCCGUGCCUGUUGCUGCCCGUGCCUGUGCUGCCCGUGCCUGUGCUGCCCGUGCCUGUGCUGCCCGUGCCUGUUGCUGCCCGUGCCUGUGCUGCCCGUGCCUGUGCUGCCCGUGCCUGUGCUGCCCGUGCCUGUUGCUGCCCGUGCCUGUGUUGCCCGUGCCUGUGCUGCCCGUGCCUGUACUGCCCGUGCCUGUGCUGCCCGUGCCUGUGCUGCCCGUGCCUGUGCUGCCCGUGCCUGUGCUGCCUGUGCCUGUUGCUGCCCGUGCCUAUGCUGCCCGUGCCUGUGCUGCCCGUGCCUGUUGCUGCCCGUGCCUGUGCUGCCCGUGCCUGUGCUGCCCGUGCCUGUGCUGCCCGUGCCUGUGCUGCCCGUGCCUGUUGCUGCCCGUGCCUGUGCUGCCCAUGCCUGUGCUGCCCGUGCCUGUGCUGCCCGUGCCUGUGCUGCCCGUGCCUGUUGCUGCCCGUGCCUGUGCUGCCCGUGCCUGUGCUGCCCGUGCCUGUGCUGCCCGUGCCUGUUGCUGCCCGUGCCUGUGCUGCCCGUGCCUGUGCUGCCCGUGCCUGUGCUGCCCGUGCCUGUGCUGCCUUUGCCUGUUGCUGCCCGUGCCUGUGCUGCCCGUGCCUGUGCUGCCCGUGCCUGUUGCUGCCCGUGCAUGUGCCGCCCGUGCCUGUUGCUGCCCGUGCCUGUGCUGCCCGUGCCUGUGCUGCCCGUGCCUGUGCUGCCCGUGCCUGUGCUGCCCGUGCCUGUUGCUGCCCGUGCCUGUGCUGCCCGUGCCUGUGCUGCCCGUGCCUGUGCUGCCCGUGCCUGUGCUGCCCGUGCCUGUGCUGCCCGUGCCUGUUGCUGCCCGUGCCUGUGCUGCCCGUGCCUGUGCUGCCCGUGCCUGUGCUGCCCGUGCCUGUUGCUGCCCGUGCCUGUGCUGCCCGUGCCUGUGCUGCCCGUGCCUGUGCUGCCCGUGCCUGUGCUGCCUGUGCCUGUUGCUGCCCGUGCCUGUGCUGCUCGUGCCUGUGCUGCCCGUGCCUGUGCUGCCCGUGCCUGUUGCUGCCCGUGCCUCGUGCUCGCGCCCCCGUGCGCUCUGCUACUUCCGCUUCUCUCUCAUUGCCUUCUCUCUCAUUGCCUUCUCUCUCAUUGCCUUCUCUCUCAUUGCCUUCUCUCUCGUUGCCUUCUCCCUCAUUGCCUUCUCCCUCAUUUUCUUCUCCUUGACAUACCGCUCUCAUACCUCCUCUCUGCCCUCCCAUACCUCCUCUCUGCCCUCCCAUACCUCCUCUCUGCCCUCCCAUACCUCCUCUCUGCCCUCUCAUACCUCCUCUCCUCUCUUCUCCGCACACCCUCUCCCUUGUCCUCUGCAGCAGCUCACUUGAUGAAAGCAGCGUAUGGGGACGACACAGUGACAAGCAUCACUCACCGCAUGACCCACCGUAGCAUGCUGAAGGACUUGCAUGCAUCUGGACAAGAGAAGGUUCCAGAAGGUGACUCCAUGGGGGGAUCAGCACUCAACAAGGUCACUGCGAGGGUUCUGCUGGAUACCCCCACUUCCGGCACCCCCGUUGACCGCACCGGCACCCCCGUUGACAGCUUCGGCACCCCAGACGGCACUGGCGGCGGCAACCUCGCUGACGGUGGCGGCAGCCUCUUUGAUAGCAAUCCCAGCCCCGCUCGCAGCAUCCUGAAUCUGGGUUCGGAACUGCAGUUCGCCACAACCGUGGCUGUCGGCAAGGCUCGGCUGAGCUUCGGCAGCCAGCGCUGCGUGAGCGUGCCGAAGAAGGCGCGGGGGAAGGGCGCGCAGGUGUGGUGGAACGGCCGCGGAGGCUCGGGCGGCGCAGGUUCGAGCAGCGCGGCAGCAGGUUUCGCGUGCUCGCAGGUCAAGUUCUUUGGGAAGGACGGCUGUCAGGGCGCCGCGCUUGAUAGGAUGGUCAACCCGGGGGCUGCUGCAGCUAAGUUCCCAAGCACCAAGAAGAACCUCCGCAAACGGGCGUCCGUGGCUUCGGUCCUCUCUGCACCAACGCUCCUUGCCAUCCCUGUCACGCGCCUCAAAAGUCAUCUCUUGUGCUUCCUCUUGCCACGCCACGCCCUGCAGGUGGCAAAUGCGUGGUGGAUGAGACAGGCGAGCGCUACUGCCAGUGGGCCGGGUGGCAAAUGCGUGGUGGAUGAGACAGGCGAGCGCUACUGCCAGUGGGACUCACCCUGUGGCGCCUGCCCUACUGGAGCCACCUGCAAGACCGUGCCUGCAACCCACAACGGUUUGGUGCAGGUGCCUUACUGCUCAUGCCCUGAAGGCUAUGGGAUGACUCCGACCGAGUGUGUUGAGGGCCAACCUGCCACCGUUACCGCAUACAGCGCCACGUUCAUCGUGAAUCGAAACGCGGAUGACAACUCCUCUCGGCCAUACACCUUCCGCCUCAACCUGAACGGCUGCACUCAAUACCCGGAUGCAGUAGCAGGGAGAUUCACCGCAGCGUAUAUUGUUGACAAUAUUGAUGAUGCUCCGAGGUGCCCCUCCUUCAAUCUCUACUCGACGGAUAACUGUGAAGACGACAGGGAUUAUCAGGACAAGUCAGAAUCUAGUGACCCUUUUGCUGCAGGAUAUGCUCUGUGA